AACUACAAAGCCCGGCGGCCCCGACAGCUGGGAAAGACCGAUAAACUUUGAGCCGACCAGGAGAGAAAAAUCUCUGUUUGUGGUGAGGGGCUUCUUGGGUGGUCGCGGAACUGGGCUGUGUGAGCUGGGAAAGGGAAGUGGAGGUCUCUGAAAGAAGAUGAAUUUGGCCGAGAUUUGUGACAAUGCAAAGAAAGGAAGAGAAUAUGCACUUCUUGGAAAUUAUGACUCGUCGAUGGUAUAUUAUCAGGGAGUGAUACAGCAGAUUCAGAGACAUUGCCAGACAGUCAGAGACCCGGCUGUCAAAGGCAAAUGGCAGCAGGUUCGGCAGGAAUUACUGGAAGAAUAUGAACAAGUUAAAAGUAUUGUCAGCACUUUGGAAAGUUUUAAAAUCGACAAGCCGCCAGAUUUCCCUGUGUCCUCUCAAGAUGAACCAUUUAGAGAUCCUGCUGUUUGGCCGCCCCCUGUACCUGCAGAACACAGAGCUCCGCCUCAGAUAAGGCGUCCCAAUCGAGAAGUAAGGCCUCUGAGGAAAGAAAUGCCAGGAGGUGGAGCCCGGGGGCCUGUAGGCCGAGCACAUCCGAUAUCAAAGAGUGAAAAACCCUCCGCAAGUAGGGACAAGGAUUAUAGAGCAAGAGGGAGAGAGGACAAGGGAAGGAAAAAUAUGCAAGAUGGUGCAAGUGAUGGUGAAAUUCCAAAAUUUGAUGGUGCUGGAUAUGAUAAGGAUCUGGUGGAAGCCCUUGAGAGAGACAUUGUAUCCAGGAAUCCUAGCAUUCAUUGGGAUGACAUAGCAGAUUUGGAAGAAGCUAAGAAGUUGCUAAGGGAAGCUGUUGUUCUUCCAAUGUGGAUGCCUGACUUUUUCAAAGGGAUUAGAAGGCCAUGGAAGGGUGUGCUGAUGGUUGGACCCCCAGGCACUGGUAAGACUAUGCUAGCUAAAGCUGUUGCCACUGAAUGUGGCACAACAUUCUUCAACGUUUCCUCUUCUACACUGACAUCUAAAUAUAGAGGUGAAUCUGAGAAGUUAGUCCGUCUGUUGUUUGAAAUGGCUAGAUUUUAUGCCCCCACCACAAUCUUCAUUGAUGAGAUAGAUUCUAUCUGCAGUCGAAGAGGAACCUCUGAUGAACAUGAGGCAAGUCGCAGAGUCAAGUCUGAACUACUCAUUCAGAUGGAUGGAGUUGGAGGAGCUUUAGAGAGUGAUGAUCCUUCCAAAAUGGUUAUGGUGUUGGCUGCUACUAACUUCCCAUGGGACAUCGAUGAAGCUUUGCGAAGGAGAUUAGAAAAAAGGAUAUAUAUACCUCUCCCAACAGCAAAAGGAAGAACUGAGCUUCUGAAGAUCAAUCUUCGUGAGGUUGAAUUGGAUCCUGAUAUCCAACUGGAAGAUAUAGCAGAGAAGAUUGAGGGCUAUUCUGGUGCUGAUAUAACUAAUGUUUGCAGGGAUGCCUCUUUAAUGGCAAUGAGACGGCGAAUCAAUGGCUUAAGUCCAGAAGAGAUCCGUGCACUUUCUAAAGAGGAACUUCAGAUGCCAGUUACCAAAGGAGACUUGGAAUUGGCUCUUAAGAAAAUUGCUAAGUCUGUCUCUGCUGCAGACUUGGAGAAGUAUGAAAAAUGGAUGGUUGAAUUUGGAUCUGCUUGAAUUUCUGUCAGCUCUUUCAUUUCUGGUAUUUUUGUUUAUAAAAUGUGAAGACGUUCCUGCAAUUUUUUUUAAAAAACAGGUUUGGAACUUAUCAUUGGAGAGAUUUUCACUUAAAGGAAAAAAACCCUAAAACCCCAAAGAAUAUAAAUGUAGUUGAGAAAUAAGAAAAGCUUGCAUAGAGAGCCUGAUAAUUUCCAUCACCUGGCUUUGUGCUGGUAUUCCACAUACUCAUGCAUCAGCAUUGCACACCCAAACCAGUGUGUCAGAGGCUGAAGAAAGUGAUCAAUGUGCUAUUGUAGAAACUUGUUUACAGAAGAUUUAGAAGGGCCUCUAUUUCUCACUUGCAUUUGUUGUUUUUUGCUUUUUUCUGUUCUUUGCUCUGAACAUGAGGGACCUCUAUACAUUGACUUUUAACAUCAAAACUGGGUUUGUGUCAACUUCAUUAUUUGUUGUUAAGAAUGAUAGUUUGGGAUUAAAUAAUGAAUUUGCUAAUUACACCUGUAGAAUUCAACUAUUACUGUUAGAGUCUAUCAUAUAGUUAAGAUUUUUACCCUCCCUUCCCCCACCAUUUCUUCUACUAGCUGUUUAAUCUUUUAUUAAGCUUUAUGGGGGAAUAUCCUCAUGCUUUGUGGUUUUUGAAUCAUUUUGCCAGGUCGUUUCUCUGGUCUUUAGUAUUUUUUGCCGGCACUUUUUAUAUUUCAUAUUGGAAGGGUGGGAAGCAUAUUGUGAUUGCAGAAGAUGCACUUCCUCAUUCUAGACUUCUAAGUUUGUUUUCACUUUUCUUUCACUGUG